AUACUGAUGGACUGGCAGCAUGAAUAUUGAUGCAAGUCGUGGUUUCAUGAUGCUAAUGUCGGCAGGAGUUACCGGCGUGAAGACUUCCAUAGUCCGCCAGCGUGGCCAUGUCCGUCGUACUGGUCCGGCGCAAAGAGCCGCAAGAGAUGCACGAGGCGCGAAUCGACCAUGUUUCCAUCGACAUGCGUGCGCCAUCGAUCAUCAAACACCAGGACAAGAGCCUCACGUCCGAUCCUCACCCUUCUCACCAGCCGGACGUUGAACUUCCGCCCUACUCGCCGUGCGACAGCUACCAAGCGCGGCGAAUCGGUCUCAACAGCGCCAGCAAGGCAUGACUGGAGGUCCAUGAGUUCGAGCCACGACGACUCUCGGGCGAUGUACAGAAAUCGCCAUCAUCUCCGCGCUUGCAGCAAACCAACGCACGCUGACGAUGUUCCCGAACUCAAUGUGUCCCUUUCACGAAUACCGACACCCGCCCAUUAUAUUCCAGAUCUUCUCAGCAGAUCGACAUCACCUGCAGAUCAAUCCAGCAGCGUUCAAUCCGGCGGCUCAGAGCAACGUUCAUUCAGCUGGCGAGAGCC